AUGGCUACCCUUGUAUACCACCUCGACACAGACGUUGUGGGGCAUCAAGAGCCACAAAUCAUCAAAAUCCCCAAUCCGGCAAUCAUGAAGGCAAAAGCCCGAGACAUGUUACUCCUCAAAGCCAUGAAAGCACAAGAAGAGGGAGACAAAGAAAAGGCCGACCGUUUCUUUGCCAUGCACGAUUCGCUCCUGAAGGAGAGCGCAACCGUCAUAGCCCAGAAUGCGAACAAGAUCCAAGUGAGGAAAAGCGCCCAGGUGGUCCCCCAGAAGAGGCCUUCACCAGCCGGGGGCACCACCGAAUCUAGAGGAAUCAAAUUCAUCUGGAGCAACUCUAACUCGCACAACAAAGGAGGAUUCACCCCCUACUUUCAUAAGAACAUCUGCGAGCUCAAAGGCCCAAUCCCGCUCACGAUAUUUAAUUGGAAAUAG